AUGAUUGCUGAAGAGGAUAAUACGCACAGCGUGUGCCUCACCCUCACAAUUCACCAAGGUCUGCAAAAGCAUCGCCAUCACUCACCGCCUGCCAGUCAAGAGCCUGAGACUCCCGUGAAUGACCGUCACUUUCCAAACGAUUCAAAGACCGGUGACAAUGAGAUACUCCAGCCUCAGCCACCACCCUCCACACCGACUAAAGCACGUGGCGUCACAUCACCCUCAUCCAUUGUGACACCCCGAGCCGUUAGAAGCGGUUUGGCCAAAUCUCCGGAAUCCACAACGCCCAGAAGGCAAAUCGGGCAAGAGACGGAGGGUCUGACCCUCGCGAACAGACGAGCAUCCAAAACACCCUCGCCAGAUGCGACGAAUGACAGAAACACAUCGAAGGAUCGCUCGCCGAGAUCGCCCAUGUCCCCGCGUCCACCCAGCAGCUUGCGCGUUAAAUCCGCCAACGAUAAGUCCUCCCCCAACACUCCUAGAAAAACAUCCCCCAGUACACCUAGCAAGACAUCUCCCGGCACACCUAGCAAGACGUCUCCCGGCACACCUAGCAAAACGUCUCCCGGCACACCUAGCAAGACGUCUCCUGGCACACCUAAUAAAACAUCUUCCGACACACCGAGAAAAACCCCAUCCCCCAGAGAGUUGCGUCUUCCGAAACUUGCAUCUUCGCCAAUACCACAAGAAGCAAGUCCAGCAGCUCCCGAAACUCACUCGAAAAUUACUUUACCCAAACUGAUCGAGCCAUCCUCGAAAGCUGCUCGAAUGGCGUAUUAGAAUGGUCGAAUCAAAAAUACGACAGGCUUUAUAACACUUAUGUUUGAGCAAGAUAUCUCAGAUAAUCCGCAUUUUCUUUCUGCCGUUUUUUUUUCUAUCUAUUUGAAAUCGAUUUUUCUUUAAAAAAAAUCUGAGUUGUUUUUAUCAUGACUAUUUUAAAGUAAGAUAUUUUUAUUUGUUCGUAAUUCUAGAAUUUAAAUCUAUCGUUAAUCUAAAACCAAUUGGUCUCAAUAUUUUUAUAUUAAGAAAAAAAUUAUUUCAAAUUAACUCAAACUCGUAUAUAGAAUGUGAAGAUACUUGGAGCAUCUUGUUUUAAACUUUUAUGAAAGUGAAUACAAAAAGUAAUAAUUUAGAGAACAAAUAAUAGUAGAAAAUCAGUAGAAAAUUAUACUUGCCAGAAUAGAUGUCUUCUUUUUAUUGACUAAUAUAAUCCUAGUAUAAAAGUAAAAAAAAGUAAAUUUUCUAUCAGAGAAAGAAAGAGAGAAAUAAUCUCUUAAUCAAAUAUUAAUAGAUUCGAUUCAAAAAUAAACUCAUAAUUCAGGACAAAACGGAAUAGAGACUUGAUCUUCUUUGCAAGUCUUAUAUUUUCCCAACUAAAUUGUUAAUUUUUCCAACCUCGUAUCUUCCCCGUAUAGAAGAUUAAGUUCUAACGGGUGUUGGAAACAAAAGUACCGUCCAGAUUAGAUAUAUCUGAUAUAUCAUUGAACUUUAUUAAUUAUUAACGCAAUAUAAUUUUUAUUAUAUUUUUAAUAUUCGUUUUUCAUUUUAUUUUUAUUACUGAUUAAAAAUUAGUAGUAUGAAUAAUUUUUAAAAAAAUAUUUUUUAAUUAUAAAUUUCUUUAUAAAAUAUCUUUAACAAUUUAUUUAUGAAUCAAUAACUGCUAUUGCUUAAUCGCACAACUUUCGAAAAUAAAAAAGUUAAAAAGAUAUAUUUUAUAAUAUUUGAAAAAUAUAAAUAUGGGCAUAUAUAUUACAAUGAAUGGGAAAUUAAAGGAAAAUAUGGAAAAUUAAGCGAGG